UGCGCGGGGAUUGGCUAGUAGUUCUAGAACUAAGCGGAGUUCUGUGAACUACUAGCCAAUAGCAGCGCAGGGGGAGGACUUGGCCAGCCAAUCGCAGCGCAGGAGCGCAGGGCUGCUCUGAAUACGGGUGGGGUGAAGCCGCUUUUUUUCUUGCAGUGCUACUGAGGGGACGGGACGUGUGUGUGUUCUGCGGUGCGGGUUGCCAGGACUGUUUCAGCCGGCUUUAGCCGCGGAGACUCCGCUUGCAGCGGCGGGCAGAAGACGGGGACAUGAAGUGAGACGUCCUGUGAGGAGAAAUGCUGGGUUUUUACUAGAAAAGUCCUUCUGAAAAAGUGAGGAGCGGCAAUGCUGCGAGCCCAGGCAGUGUUCUCUUCUGCAGAGAAUAAAUGAUGGCUCCUCCAUGAACUUUGCACCACAUUGUUGGGGAUCUGCUGUGCUGCUGUGCUUUGGAUGAAGGCAGCAGUUCCCUCCACUCAGGCCCCAAGCUCAGACGACGGCUCGACGUCUUUUGACCAACUAGCUCUUCUGAUGCCACCAUGCCCAUCAUCAGCAACGCCAACCAUGACUUCAGCAACCUUUCCGUCAGUGACGACAGCAGCCUUGACCGCAUCUUCACCGAGAUCCCUGAGACAGAGACCAUCAAGGGUGUGUACUACCAGCGUGCUCGCUUGCUUCGCCGGCCGGAGGACCUGCUAUCUGUGGACCAUGCACUGCAGGCACUUAUCAAUGUGGGUGGCAACCGCUACACCUUUCCAUGGAGCGCACUGGAGCAGUUUCCUCUAACACGGCUGGGACGCCUUCGCAUGUGCAGCAGCCCUGAGGAGAUCGCUAGAGUAUGCGACGACUAUGACGAAGCACGCCGUGAGUUCUUCUUCGAUCGUAGCCCCAGCGCCUUUAGGGUUAUUCUCAACUUCCUUGCAGCAGGCAAGCUGCGACUGCUGCGUGAGAUGUGUGCACUUUCGCUGCAUGACGAGCUGACUUACUGGGGUGUGGAGAUGGCCUAUAUGGAGCGUUGUUGUAAGCGCAAGAUGUACACACGCCUUGAGGAGGUUGCUGAGCACGAGCGACGGGAGGAGGAGCGCCGACGUCGCAGCAUGCAGAUCCGCCCUCCAGUGGAGGAGACCCGCUAUCGCAAGUUCAUGAACCACCUGAGGGACAUGGUGGAGAACCCUCAGUCAGGCCUACCAGGGAAGCUGUUUGCAUGUCUGUCCGUGCUGAUGGUGGCGGUGACUGUGAUCAGCCUUUGCAUCAGCACCAUGCCGGACCUGCGGGAGGAGGAGAACAGGGGCGAAUGUUCUCAGAAGUGCCACCACAUGUUCAUCGUGGAGACAGUCUGUGUGGCCUGGUUCUCGCUGGAGUUUGUGCUGCGUUUCAUUCAGGCACGCAGCAAGUUGCAGUUUAUACGUGGACCCCUAAACAUCAUUGAUGCGAUGGCCAUCCUGCCCUACUACGUGUCGCUAGUUGUGGAUGAGGAGGAUCCUGGGCUCGAACACGAACGUCCAGCCGGGGGUAAGGGCUACCUGGACAAGCUAGGUCUGGUGUUACGCAUCUUGCGGGCACUGCGUAUCCUGUACGUGAUGCGAUUGGCACGCCACUCUCUAGGCCUGCAGACAUUGGGACUGACUGUACGGAGGAGCACGCGUGAGUUUGGCCUGCUGCUACUCUUCUUAUGUGUGGCCGUCACGCUCUUCUCACCGCUGGUCCACCUGGCUGAGAGUGAGCUGACAGGAGCGCAGGACUUCAGCAGCAUCCCCGCAUCCUACUGGUGGGCAAUCAUCUCCAUGACCACGGUAGGGUACGGCGACAUGGUGCCGCGCAGCAUCCCCGGCCAGGUGGUUGCACUUAGCAGCAUUUUGAGUGGCAUCCUCAUCAUGGCCUUCCCUGCCACGUCCAUCUUUCACAUGUUCUCACGUUCUUACCAAGAGCUGAAGCAAGAGCACGACCGACUCUUUAAAGAGGAGUGCGCUGCAGCCGCCGCUGCUGCGUCUGUGGGUGGGCCGGGGGAGGAGCAGGAGGGAGGUGUGGAUUAUCCUCCUCCAGGACUGUCUCUUGGCCGUGAUCCUGAAAUUCCUGCAUCCACCGAGGCCCUCUCUCUUCUGGGGAACAGAGGAGAAUCCACAGGGAAUAAUAAACACAUCCUACCAGCAGGAGCCUUUUAGAAUGAACUGUUGAUAUGCCAGUAUGAACUGCACAGUGCUUCCAGAUCUUCUUUAUCACAGACUGGACCUUGUGGUGGACAGGAGAGGGUCUAAAGACAUAUAUAGCUCCAUUUGGAGAAAAAAGGCCCAAAGAACCAUGAUUGUGUAAAUGGGGCUACUUUGUCUUCCGUCAGCCAUCAGCUGACUAGCUUUAACUGAUCAACUGCUUCAUAUCUAGCCACUUUGAGAUUUGAACAGCCAUUUCAGGUUUAUUAAUCACGUUCAAACCUGUUAAACCACACAGAAUGUUUUCUUUGUCCUAGUUUGGUACAGCCAUGGCUCUUCAUACAGUAAUGAUAGAAGCCUAGAUUACUUUUGCUUCCUUGUGUCAUCUCUGAAAUGUUCUUCCUUCAGUUCAAGCCAAUGAAAAUUCAUAAGAAAUGAAUCGAUUGUUUUUGGUUUGUUUAUGAAUUUAUAUGAAGAGUCUGCUUGCCCAGCACCUCUGAGAGCAAAUACUUCACAGGGACAUUAAGUCUCGCUGUUCCUUUGUAGCAUUUAAGGACAGACGGCAACGACUGACCCAUGAAGGACCCAAAAUAAAGACAGCAUUAAUCCCA